AUGGUCACCCUCAUCGAUCUUCUGAGCACGACGUACGCCCCGGUUCAGGCUAUGAUGUUGCCGUAUCUGGGCAUUGCGGAAGUUGUGGCCUUAACGCGCACUUGCAAGGGGUUUGGACAGCUGCUGCCUGUGCUGAAGGCGACAGCAUGGAACAUCGACUACCAGCUCAAGAAGUUCUUUGGUAAACCCAAGGAGUUUCGCUCAGUUCUGGGCCGAUGUGAAGGCCUAAUCGCUGGAGCUUUUGCCCGUCGGUUUUUCUCACGAUUUGACAUCACUUGUGAUAGCAUUGAUAUGCACGUGAACCACCGAGACGAACUGGUUCGCUAUCUGAAAGACGACGGGUACCAGAGCAUAGACCAAUCCUUAAACUCCUUCUCCAAAACAGGUGCAAAAGGAGAAGACCUCCUUGUCACCUUCGAGUGGAGCGUUCACUCGGUCGUUGGACGCGCGUUUCACAACGCCAAAACAACAGCCGACUUAAACUUCAUCUCGUGGAACAAGGCUUAUGCUCUCUCGCCUUAUAGCACCUUUGUCGAGAGAGAAAGCUUUCUACUUACGUGUUUGGUUGAUGAAACUGGAGAUCAUCUCAAAAUGUUGAGUGACGAGGGGCUCAAGACCAAGACUGUUUCUUGGGACCAGCGACGCUUCCAGCAUAGAAGGCUCCACGAUAUUCACAUGGGCUUCGAUAUCACUACAAGACGUCGACGCAUCGGUGACAGGUUUUCAUGGGUUCUCGGCCUUGAUGUGGAAGGCGUGCGGUCGCCAUGCACCCCAGAUGCAGUCAUUGAAACGACCACAUUCCGAUCGUACGCACCUUGGAAGUAUACGCAACCCUGGCAGGUUGCCAACUACGAAUUGGACUUUGAUGAAAAUAUUCGUCAUCCCAUUUUGAAGCAUCAGUACAUUACCUUAGGGGAAGACACACUCGAUGAAGACGGUUCCGUUCAAUUCGAUGAGUUUGGGGAUCGAGAGCGAACGUCACACUAUGCUCGCAGAUGCGAAGAACUCAAAGACCGGCUCGACGAACUCACCUUGCUUGAACUUACCAAGAUUCCCACUGCAGGGCGACCUCCUCAGUUUGCAACUCUUUCAGCAAGCACUUCAGAACUCAAAGAGGCGCACACGACUAGGGGAGGAUUCAAGCUACCCGCCACCUGGACUUUCUACGACGACGAGGUCAUUGCAUUCCUGGAAAUGGCCUGGUCAGAACAACAGCUCAUAGACGAGCACGAAAAACAUAAACUCAGAACAAGGUUUCUCGAUAAUACUUCUGGAUCUGAUCAGGCAUUGCGCGAUUUCUGCGGCCGAUGA